GUCCACCAUCACCAGACAUCCGCGCUCACAGCAUCUACCUCACCGCCCAUCCUCACCGCCCAUCCUCAACGCCUUGCAUCGCAGACGUCCUCAGCUUGGAGGUCACCAUCCACCCCUGCAGCGUCUCAUACAGUCUCUCUCCCCCUUUCAAAUCCGCGAGGCGAAGCUAGUGCAGUCUACUGCGUCCACAUAUCCGAGCAUAUACCCUUGCACCGACCGCCGGUCCUUGAGCAAGAAUGGCUCCCUCCAAGUCACAAGGCGGCAAGAUGCUGUCGCUCAUCAACUACCGCCUCAGGGUGACAUUGAAUGACGGCAGGCAGCUGACUGGACAGAUGCUGGCCUUCGAUCCCCACAUGAACCUGGUUCUGGCAGACACUGAGGAGUUCCGGAAGUUGAAGAAGAGGAGGGGAACGAAGGGAGGUGACGACGAAGAGGACGAUGACGAGUCCAGCACAGCGCCUCCGCCAUCGUCGCAGCAGAAGAGGGCAUUGGGUCUGAUCAUCUUGAGGGGAGAGACAAUCGUGUCGCUCAGCAUUGAAGGACCACCGCCUGCAGAGAAGGGAGCAGGAGCUGCUGGAGCAGUGCCGCCCGGACCAGGAAGAGGACUCCCAGCAGGUCGAGGCAUCGGUCUUUCGGCACCACCUGGAAUGGCACCACCUGGCGCCGUCUCAGCUCGUCCCAUGGCUUAUGGUCGUCCGCCGCCCAUGGGAGGCCCGCCCCCUGGCUUCCCUGCCGGACCUCCUCCCGGAUUUCCCUCGGGACCACCUCCUGGUUUCGGAGGCGCGCCGCCCGGGUUCAGACCACCUCCCACUGGAUAUGGUAUGCCGCGCCCGCAAUGAUCCUUUCACACCUCUUCCUACCGCUCAUUACCGCUCAAGACCACCCAUUGUACUUUGAUCCCGCUUGCGUCACUACAAAAGGCACACUACUUCCACGCUGCUGUGAGCUUUGAAGAGUCAAAUAUUUGACGAGGCUUUCGUAUUGCUCGAGCUGCGCUCAAACUGCCUCCACAGUACCACGUACAUUAGCAUCUUCGUCCAGUGGUAUCAGACGAUUCCCAACCCGCUCCAUGUCCAACCCUUCUCAACCGUGACUGGCUCCCUAGCGAUCUCGUCCUUUGGAUCGGCAGAGGAAGCCAGGAUGACGUGAUACUCGCCCGGUACCACUUCCCAGUGACCACUGCCGCC